CCUGCGACUGUUGCUCGCUGUCGGGGUUGAUUGCGGUGCACCAGACCGACCGAGCCGCCAUCCCCCCUGUCGGUAUCCUUCCUAACCUCUAACCUCUUGACAUGUUCAACCAGCCCACCACCACCACUACCACCACCACCACCCCUGCCAAGACCACCACCACCUCCUCCUCGGCCGUUCGUACCACUACCACCAAGAAGUCGUCCACCACCACUUCUCCCGCCCGCACCACCACCACCACUCCCGCCAAGACCACCACCACUACCACCACCACCACCACCACCGUCGCCACUUCUACUCCCACCAUCCAGCCCGGCCACUGGCCCGCCAAGCUCUUUGCUCCCUACGUCGAUCUCGGUGUCUGGCCCCCGUUCGAUAUCGUCACUGAGCAGAAGAACACCGGUGUCAACUACUACACCUUUGCCUUCGUCACCUCCAGCGGCGGUGCCCCCAGCGUUGCCGGCUACCCUCUCUCGCAGAACUGGUUCGUCUCGACCCUCCAGCAGAUCCGUGCCAACGGUGGUGAUGCCAUCAUCUCCUUCGGUGGCGCUGCCGGCACUGAGCUCGGUGAUGCCAUUACCGAUGCCACCUCCCUCCAGGCCGCCUACCAGAGCGUCAUCAACGCCUACAACGCCACCUACAUCGACUUUGACAUCGAGGGUGCUGCCGUCAGCCACACCGCCAACAUCGACCGCCGCAACUCUGUCCUGGCCGCUCUCCAGAAGGCCAACCCUGGUCUCAAGAUCUCGUACACUCUCCCUGUCCUUCCCUCUGGUCUCGUCAGCACUGGUGUCUACAUUAUCCAGUCCGCUGCCAAGGCCGGUGUCGUCCUUGACUCGAUCAACAUCAUGACCAUGGACUAUGGAUCAUCUGCUGCCCCCAACGGCGCCACUGGAAUGGGUGGCUACGCCAUCUCUGCUGCCCAGAACACCUACUCCCAGGCCAUUUCUGCCGGCUACCCCAGCCCCUACAUCACCCUCUGCCCCAUGAUCGGUAUCAACGACAGUACCGAUGAGAUCUUCACCCUCGACAACGCCAACCAGAUCACCACCUUCGUCAAGACCACCUCCUGGGCCAACGGCAUCCGCAUGUGGAGUGCCAACCGCGACCAGAACUCUGGCUCGAGCACCGACACCUCCUCGGGCGUCACCCAGAACCCCUUCGACUUUGCCAAGACCUUCAACACCAUCGAGGCCUAAUCGCGUCUGUCCUUGCCUCAUGGUGUUCUGCCUCUCAUCUUGCUCCGCCUUGAUUGUAGAACCAAUUGAACUCCCCCCCCCUCGUCUUCCGUCUGUCCUCUUCUUCCAAUUCGAAACUCCUCCGUUUUUAAUACGCCUUCCCUGUCCAUGUCUAAUAAAGAGUGAGACAAAUGGCAUCGUGUGAUAUUUUUGUCAAAGAAACAAAGAAAAGAAGCCUUUCCACCCGGUCUUCACCCCUCCCCCCUCAAUGUAUCGCAGCUGGUUCUGGUCAUUCACCUGUAAAUCACAAUGAGAACAGAGCUUUCGGUAUUUCUCGUGACCCCUGGGCGCUCUGAAUACGGCUGGGUAGAUGAAGCGCUUCCGAAAUGAAAUGGGACACUCUGUUAUGAGCCAAGACAGUUGUCUUUUUCUGGAACCUGAAUACGCCCACCCACUCAUUGCACUCUUGGCUAAUCAGUAUGUCCAAGGGAGACCGACAUUGUGAUUGCC